ACAUCCGGAAGUCUGACCAGCAGUGUAGUAUACAGCAGUUUAGGCAACAGCAGCGGCUUGCUAUCUCCCGCACUCACACGAGCUUUUCUAGCAGUUAAUUCUAAAUCUGUCCAUCCAUUUAACUUGCUUGCUUGCUUCCACCAUGUCUGUUUUGUGUUAUAAUAAGGGAUGUGGACAGCGGUUUGAUCCAGAAAAUAACCCAGACGAUGGCUGCACCUAUCAUCCGGGAGUUCCGGUGUUCCAUGAUGCAUUGAAGGGAUGGUCCUGCUGCAAGAGAAGAACAACUGACUUCUCAGACUUCCUCAGCAUUGUUGGUUGUACAAAAGGUCCCCACAACAAAGAGAAGCCACCUGAGCCAGUGAAACCAGAUGUGACAUCAUCAGGAGAAAGGAAGGAGGGAGAUGACCAAAAACCAAAGUUUAACGAAUACAUCAUCUCUGCACCAAAGCCUCAGGAGGCGAUACGCAGACCAAGUUCUGAUGAGCCGAUGGUGAGAUUGCAGCACAAAGUUUCUGCGUCUCUGAAGCAGGCUCUGGAGAAACUGAAGCUGUCUGAAAAUCCAGCAGAGAAGAAAGAGGAAGAUAGUGACGAGAUCAAGAUUGGGACGUCCUGUAAAAAUGGAGGUUGCACUAAAAGUUUUGAAGGACCUGCGAGUGAUUCAGACGUGUGCUUAUACCACUCUGGAUUUCCUAUCUUCCAUGAAGGGAUGAAAUACUGGAGCUGCUGUAAGAGGAAAACCUCUGACUUUAACACCUUCCUCUCUCAAGAGGGCUGCACCAAGGGAACGCAUCUAUGGAGGAAAAAAGAUGCGGGUAAGAAAGUGGUUCCAUGUCGGUUUGACUGGCACCAGACUGGGACUCAGGUCAUCAUCUCUAUCUACGCCAAGAACGCCGUCCCAGAGCUAAGCUACGUGGAUGCAAACAGUACUAUGCUCAAUAUACAUGUUAUAUUUGAGGGAGAGAAGGAAUUUGAGCAGAAAAUCAGCUUGUGGGGGGUGAUAGAUGUGAGCAAAAGCGUAGUGAACAUGAUGGCAGCCAAGAUCGAGGUAGCCAUGAAGAAGUCAGAGCCCAUGUCGUGGGCUCGCCUGGACCUUCCUCCCCCCGCCCCACCCAAAGAGAAUGAGAAGAAAAAAGAAGAGGAUGAUAGUGAGGACGAAGACGAAUGAUAAGGACCUGCAAAAAAACAUAGUGUGUUAUCUUUUGCUGAAUCCAAUCCACACAGUCCAUCCUUUACCUCUUUAAAAAGAGUCACCUCUUUUGAUGUCAUGGAACUUCUCCUCUACUCCUCAACAUUUACAGCCACUACUAAGAAUGCUCAAUAGUCAACUUACUUGAUUUUGCCUGUUUUUCUCCAUUUUUGAUCCCUUUAUUUUGGUCAUUAUCGAAGUAUUUUUUACAACGGUUUUUCACUUAAGGACCGAGUGAUAAGGAGAACCGUGACUUUUAAUAGACUUUGAAUCUAAUCAGAUGAGGACACACUUGUUAAUUGCACUGAGUAACAUCACACAAUGAGAUGGGAGUCAGAUGUGUGACCACAUUUAAUUUCACACCCAUAAAGCCUUUCAUGUGGACAGCUUGCACCAGGUCCAAUGUCUAAUGGACCACAGUUAUGACCAUCUUUUGUUUCAACACUGGUAAAAGAUGAUUCCAUCUGUAUAUUUCCAUUUGUUCCAUUUAGGUGUAUACUUGCAAUUGUUUUUUUGUUUUUUUGUUUUUUCCAUUCCAUUCUUUGGUUUCAUAAAUGGUAUAAAUUAUUGAAUUGUUUUGUCCACCAGUAUCACAUCAUACUAAAUGCUGUAUUCAUAGAUAUAUACAUGUAUUUGUGUGACAACGAAGCUGCUCUAUGUAGUUUGAUUGGGAAAUUUGGAUCUCUAAAAUGUCCACACUUGUAUAAUAUAAAGUUUAUUCUGAAUAAACUAUGAUAAGAAAUACAAUAGUUCCUUGGGACUCUUAGAAAUGAAAUGUUUGGCAGAUGUGCUCCAGCUAUUCCGCCUUUUUCACAGUUUAAAAAUGUAGAUUUGCCCCAGAUUUGUUUUUUUACGAGUAUACCUAAUGUAUAUUUUGUACAAGUUUUGCUUCCAAAUGAUCAAUGCUGUAUUUAUCCUCAUUUUUUGUCAAAACAACUUAGCACCAUUUUAAUAAUUAGAAUGUACUGUAAUAUCUGAGAAUGCCAAGUAAAUACAAGAUAUUUUGAGAAAAGUACUGUGUUCUUAAAAAAAAAAAAAAAAGUAUGUUACACAAGACAGCAUGUGUCAAGGCUUGGAAUGUAUGAAAUAGAAUAGGCUGAAUGAGACCAUGACGAAAGGGGAAAAUUACUAGGGAACCAAUUUGUCUUACCAAAAAUAAACUUUUGUGUUGAACUUUUAAA